GAGAGAGAUAGACAGGAAGGGAGGGAGAGGGAGUUAAAAUUAUCCACCUAAACCAAUCCUUCCCAAGCUGAUCAGUGCACCGAAUGGACUAACCAGCUCAGGGACUUCAACUUACAUGCAGGAAAUGUUUCCUGAAGGAUCUGAUGGACGUGUAGGAGCUGAAGUUAAAUGGAUUACACUUAGCUGACAUGCACAGGAAGUCCUUGGAGCCAAGACUGAUAUCUUGUCUGGCACUGGCCCAGCACAUCAUCCUCCAGUGGGUCGAAGGACCUUUCACAAUACAACAGCCAAGCUUUCACAGCUUGUUAACUCACCAUGAAGCCAAGAAACUUUGUCUGAUUCAAAUAGGUUAACUCAAAGGUGAAAAGAUAAACAUUUUGCCAGCAACCUUUGCUCGUCUCUGGAAUAAAUCCUUGUUUUUUAAGUUUUUUUAUUACUUUAUAAUUCUUACGCUAUCCCAGAAAAGAUUAUGCAAGAAGUGAAUGUGUUGAAAUGAUAUGCUUCAAAGCGCCCACAAACAUCACAAAUGAUCUUCAUCCAUGGUGUUCUCAGAGGUAAAGCUAAUUCUUGGGGACAUCGUUAUUGGUCAAGGAGCUGUUUUUGUUUUAACGAAACAUGGGCAGAGAAAGCAGCCCUGGAAGACUCAUGCCUUCACCUGUCAAGUAUGAGCAAAGAGUCGGACUACCUCACGGUUUAAUCUAUCCUCUUUUUCCCAUACAAACUCUGAUUUUUUAUUAUUUUUUAUCAUGUGCUGCUGCUGUGGGCACCAUAGAAUAUGACUAUGGCAUUAGUCCCAAAUUUGUCUGUACUCCUAUACCUCCAGAAGCAGAUCCCAGCUGUUAUUCACCACCCUCUGUGCCCCAUGGUCCGAGCAGUAGCAGUCAUGGGAGUGACCACAGUGGUGGCAGCCAUCGAGGCAUAAUGUCAGAUGAGGCAAAAGCCACCAUUUUGCACCUUCGCGAGAGCCUUGUAAGGCAGAAGGAAACCAUCCUGGACCAGCGGGAGACCAUCAGAGAGCUGACUGCCAAACUCACCUUGUGUGAAGGCUUUGGUGGUCACCAUAGCAUCGGACAUCAUGAAAACCACCAUGAUAACCUUGACAAUAAACAUGAUACCCACCAUACUGGCCAUGUUGACAGUCAUAACAGCCAUCAUGAUGAGCACCAUGGUCAUCAUGGUAGCCAUCACGGGCCAUCUUCAUUGCACCAUGGACCCUCAGCACAUCAUGGCAUUGAUCAUCAUUCCUCCCAUGACAACCAUAGGGCAGACAUCCAUCACCGGAAGGGCUCCUCAUACAGCAAACACAGCUCAUUUUCCCCAGAACAGACUGGAAAGACACUACAGACAUUAAAAGAAAGACUGGAGAACUUGAAGGCAAGAAACUCCUCUAGUUCCUACUCAAGCUCCUUGAGAGAACUCCUCCAGCGAAAGAUCAAUGCUUUAGAAGAGCAGUUACACAAAUACUACAGAGAUCACCAUGACAGCCACAACUCUGAUCACCAUGAUGACUCACAUGAUGAAAAGCACAGCAGCAGCCACCAUGAUGACCAUCGCUCUAGUCAUCAUGGUGGCCAUCCCGAUGAUAAUCAUGAAAACCACCAUGGCACAUCUCACCAUGAAGACCAUCAAACCAGCCACUAUGGUGGCCAUAGGUACAACCAUCAAGGCAAUCAUUAUAAUCGACAUUAUGAACCCAACUACAACUGGCACUAUGGUCGUCACAAUAGCCAUCAUGAAGCCCAUCACAGCAGCCACCACGAUGACCAUCAUAAGGACCACCGUGAUGACCAUCAUGGAAUAGGUCAUUAUGAUGACCACCAUGAUGGCCACCACCCUGAGACUGAGGACCAUGAGCCCCAUGAAGGGGAGCAUCCUCCGAGACGCCUUCCUUACACUAGUAAGGAAACAAGCCUGCGGGGCUCUGGACACAGCAAGUUAGAAACAGUUCUCAGCCACCUUCAUCCCAGCAAUGACCAUGGAAUCCACAAGAAGCUUAAGAGUCCAAAUGCUUUCUUGCUUGAGUUUCCUAUGAGGACAAACUACAUGUAUGCCAGGAUGAAGCGGUCAGUGGUCAACGAGAUCUUUGCCUUGACCAUCUGUCUGUGGCUAAAGCCAGGUGAAGGUCCUGGCCUUGGAACGCCUAUUUCCUAUGCCGUGCCAGGGCAGGCCAAUGAGCUGGUGCUAAUGGAAUGGGGCAGCAACCCCAUGGAGCUGCUUAUUAAUGACAAGGCUGUGACGUUACCAAUAACUUUAAAAGAUGGAAAGUGGCAUCAUGUUUGUGUGACUUGGUCAACACGUGAUGGAGUCUGGGAGGCUUUCCAGGAUGGAGUGAAGAAAGGUUCCGGGCAGAACCUGUCAGCCUGGUAUUCUAUAAAACCAGGAGGGACAUUUAUAUUGGGGCAGGAGCAGGACACAAUGGGAGACCGAUUCGACAUCACUCAGUCUUUCUUGGGGGAAUUGUCAGAUCUCCAGUUCUGGUCCAGAGUCUUGACAGCCAGUGAGAUUCACACUCAAGCAACAUGUGGAGGCCACCUUGUUGGUGACGUCAUGUCGUGGUCUGAAGAGUUAGUGGAGCUUCAUGGAGGGCUGACCGAGCUUCCUUUUGAACCUUGCAGCUAAAUGGGAACAUUGAACUCCUACAGGCAAAGCAGAAGGAUUAGCUGAUUAAAUGUAUGUGUCAAAAAUGGAUGGAGAGGGAAGAAAUAUAAUCUUUCUGCCUUCCCCACCUACGCCCUCACUUCUAUGUUCUCAGCAGGACAGCUUUAAAAGCUCCCAAGAGCGCGGAGCUUUGGAUUUACUGCUUGCAUGGUCACGACUGCGGCUGCUCUGAUGGAUUCAACACACAUAAUUCGAUUUCUUUUCAGCAGAACAGCUCCAGAGGUUGUUGAAUGCUACUGACGAGCUUGCUGCAAUCAACACAAACAUAACAAGGAUGAAAAGCAGAGUAAAAGAGACAGCAGAAGCAUCUUCUGUUCCUCAGCAGGAGUAAUUUUGUUGCUGGAUGUGUUUUUUUAAAGGUCAAAUCUGGCAUGUUCAUAGCAUGACUCAAUAAUGUUUACUUAUACACAUUAUAUUAGUAUUUCAUAUUGAAAAAAUGCUGGCUUUUUCUAGUAAAAAAGUCUGAAUUAAGGAAAAUAUGUAAUUUGUGGUUAAUAUGUUGUAAGAAAAUAUGUAUUUUUCCAGCACAGAACUGAAGAUGUUCUCUAAGCUAACUGCUUUCGACAGGUUUUUUCAUAAACACUGAGAUGUACACCUAACAUAAUCGAAAUGGGUAUACCGGGCCACAACGUGUCAGCACUUUGAAGCACGCAUCUCCUGAUCAACUGCUGGCUUAUGUCAGGAUUUACCUGCGAACACCUGACAUGAUCCUGCCUAUUUCCAACCAGCUCAAACCCCAUGGCAAAGGCAGACACGCAUUCGGACAUACUCAGAGGAGCUGAAACUGAGAGUUUUGCUGAUUCAUCACAUGGUACCAGCUUAUACCAUCAAUUUCAUGUUUAUGUUUAAAGUAUAUUUCUUUUUUCUAUUUGUAAAUGUAGAAACUGUGACAUGGUUGUCUCAAAUCUUUAAAAUAUAUUAUAAUUGUAUCUGUCACCUUGUCAAUAAUAAAAAAUAACAGCACUUUUAAACCUCUACUUACCUCUCUUUUUGUUCUUUUUUAAAGCAUCUUUGGUAGUAAACUGUUGUAAUCAGUCCAAAGUCAGGCUUUCCUGCUGCAACAUGAAUUUGUGUUUAAAAGUGAUAUUAAAUGCAGCAUUUAAAUAUUUAGCUGUAAAUAUCCAUAAAACCUUUAUUUGUUAUGCCAAAGUAUGAAGCACUUUGAAAUUGUGUUUGUUUUGUUUUGUUUUUUUCUGUGAAGAUUAGUGGGCCAAAUAUGUGUUACACUUCUUUAAAAUGUAUCCUCUGUUUUUAUCAGUUAGAUUGUAUACAUUUACCAGAGAAAUGAUCUUUGCAAACGUUUAGUGUAUUUUAAAGUGUAAAACAAUAGCAAUAACAAUGCUUAUUUAUGCCUUUGCUGUAUGUCCCAGCAUUUUAAUAGCUUUUGUUGUGUUUAUUCCUGUUUUUGUGUUUAAAUUAAUCAAGUGUGAUACAGUAACAUGUUCAGAGCAUUCUCUUCCUUAAGUGUAAGGCAAAAUAAAUAAAUAUAGCUUUGUAAAACUUUAAUGGGGCAGUUCAAAAAUAAUAAAA